AUGAAUGCCGGUCCUAUUGGCAUGAUUGCCAAGGGAGUUGGUAGUGGUAUUGGCUUUGUGAGUGAAACACACAAAUAUAGAAAAGCGAAGAAGGCAGCACAACAAGAACGAGAGCUUGAGAGACAGAGUCAGCCGGGGCUAUUCGAAGAACGCGAUUCACCAAGUCACGUCCCUCCAUCUUCUUCCCCAUUCAACACGUUUUCACCAUAUGGCUCAAAGGAGGACGAAGAGCGCUACAAUUUCACUCCUACAAAUGUAGCUGAACGCUCAUGGCAACUUGAUGAAGCGCAGGAUCAUGUUAUCGUCGAAACCAAAAAGCCCCGCAAGAGCAAAAGUGGCGUCGCAAAUCCUGACAAACUCAUCGCUGCUUUCCUUCAACGCCAACCUCCUCCUUAUUGCCCUGCACCGGUACAACUAGAUUAUGUGCGCCCUAUCCCAAAACUCCAUCAUCCAGUCGCAAUACCUCAGCGACGUCCAAAGGAUAAAGCACGGGGUUUUAUCCAUGCGUACGCACCGGACUUGCAAAAUGUGGGUAUUGACCAAGAGACUUGGUUCGACUUCGUUGAAACAUUCAACGAGGCAUGCCUAGCUAAUCCGUGGAUUAAUGCCAUUAACUUGGCAGCGCUAGCAGCUUCACCGUUGCCUUCUCUUGCCUCACAAGCAAUCUCAAUGGCACUUAUGGUCGCAACAACUGUUGCUAUGGAAGUGCAAGGCCGACACCGACAAAAUAAAGCUCUCGACAAACUUAACGAAGAGUUCUUCCGACCCCGUGGUCUCUUUUGUCUUGUAAUGACAUGGGACGCUGAAUCUACCAGUACUCGCACUAAUAUGAAUGUUACCGAUACUAUCCGAAAUACAAUGAAUGCCCAAGGCCGAAAAUCACACAAGUUUCAAUAUUCAAAUGGUGUGACAAACGGAAUGGAAUCUAUACAGACUGCAGAGCUUGUCUUCCCGGGUCUUGAUCUUCUCGCGACGAUGGGAAAGAACGAACAGGCAGGGUUCAAAAAUAAGAUGAAACGUGGAAAAUUGUUCGUUGAAGAUUACAUGGACCGUAAGGCACAGGCAAAAUUCUAUUCGGAAAAUCCAGGCAGCCAUCUCAACCAAGCUGGAAAGCCAAAAUUCCACUCCAAAUAUGGUGACCCAACGCAUGGUAUACACAGUGGUUUCGCUGGAAGCACAACCGGUCAAAAUGGCAGACAACGAGGCGGACUUGUGGAAGAUCAAAGCAGCGGUAUGGGAGGAAGGGGCGAUAGCCAGAGUGGUGGCCUUCUUGGUAUAGGAGGUCAAGGUGGUGGUAUGGGAGGACGUGGUGACGGGCAAAGAGGCGGUACCACUGGUAUCGCAAACACAGGCCCAAUUGGUGGUAUCAUUGCACUCGUGGGCAUGGCUGUCAAUCACAUGAGCGAGCGUAACAAAUCGCAAGACAGCUCGAACAGUACCGUCAGCGCCUUCAAAGGCAAUGGUGCCAAAGACAUCGAGCGCAGCACCAGCAACGUCAAACAAGACAGCAUUUCUAACCCCGAUGGACCUAUCAACAACAUCCAUAACCACUAUGUCAAUCACAACCACAACCCUGUCGACGCCUAUUGCCCCAUCAACACCAACAACCGCACCAUCUCAUCAAAUUCACCCUAUCAAUAUUCUAGACAUCCGAUAUUUGAAAUAAAUGCAGAAUACGGAGAAAACCGACAUGAAAGACAAGCUGCUGAUGCGGGAUGGUCUAAUGAGCACGCGAUGCAACAUCCCCAAUAUCAACAAACUGCCGCAGGUGGAAGUGGAUGGCAACCACCAAGUCAUCAGUCAACAGGCCCUCAACAUCAGCAACUUCCCCAAUAUCAACAAGCCUAUCAGUAUCAUGAGCCACAAUAUCCGCAAACACAAUAUCAAGUACCGGCUCAGUAUCAGCUACCGCAAUACCAGCAACCCGUUCUCCAAAAUGCGCAAUACUCAUCUUUUGGAGGGCAGCAACAGUAUAUGCAUAUUCAACCAAUUAAUGAGGAACAAUCACGCAAUGCACAAAAUGCUCCAAUGCCAGGGCAACAGCAGCAGAACCAACAAGGCGGGCUCGGUGGAGGGUCUGGAGGUAUCAGUUUGGGCAAGCUUUUCAGUUCGAAAGUACUUUACUUGAUGGUAGUCAAUAUGCCUACCGACGAAGAGAUGGCCGAAGCUCAAAGGUUGUCUGCCAAUUGGAAGCUUCAGGGUCAGCAACAGGAGUUGUAA